CAACAGUCUGUUCCAUCUCUCCUCUGCACCAUGAAGGGCUUUUCCACUCUGGUGUUGCUGUUUUCAGCGGUGCUGCUCUGCCACUCUGUUCCAGCUUUGGAGCCAGUAACAUGCACUUCUGAAAAUGUCAAUGCAGCGGCCCGUUUGGCAAUGCAUCACAUCGACAUGCACCAUAGUCAUGGCUACAAGUUCAGACUCCUGGAUAUCAACGGCAACAAAAUGGAAGAGACUGACACAGGUUGCAACAUUGAGCUGAAGUUGGGUCUGGGGGAGACACAAUGCCAUGUGGUCAACCCCAAACACUUUGAGGACUGUGAGUACAGUGAAGCCAACGACGGGUCGGUGAUGUCCAAGUGCACUGUCAUGAUGACUGUCGUAGAGAGUGACGCCCAAGUCACCAGUUAUUCAUGUGAAACGCAGAGAGAGAUCUCUAAAAAGGAACUGUCCCUGACCUGCCCUGACUGUCCUGUCAUCAUGGCACUUAACGAUAAAGAAGGUCUAAACGCCGCACUGGAAGCUGUGAAAGAAUUCAACAAGAACACCACCAACCAGAACUACUUUGUCCUGCAGGAUGUGGGACGACUGAAACUUGGGUACAUCAUGUUGCAAGGGAUGAGACACUUCUCUGAGAUCGCCCUGGUUGAGUCAAACUGCCCGAUGUUUUCCAGAAUAGUUCCUGCGGCAUGCAAAGCCCUUUGCUCCCACAGAGCUCAACAUGCUGUCUGUCGAUCAUCUUAUUCCAAGACAACCGGAGUCGUGUCUCUUCGCUGUGAAUACUAUCCUGCACUGGACACCAGUCCCCUCCCCCCUGGUGAGAUGGAGCCUAUCUGUGAACAGCCUCCUUCCUUCAGCCCUGCUGGCCCUCCUGCACCCCCACCCAAUGCUGGCGCUGCACAAAUAGAAAUCCCCUUAAACCCCCUUCCCCCAGUCCUCCCAUGCCAUGCCAGUCCCCAGCAAGAGUUCCACCCAAUUUGCAACUGGCCUUAAUUUGAACUUUGCCCCAACCCGAAGCCUGCCAGUCCAGAGAUGCCUACACGAUGAAUGUUGUUGACUGGACUUCAAAAGUCUCUGAAUGUGUGUAAGAAAAAGCUUAGACCUUACAGGGUACCACAAAACAGAUCCAAAUAAACCACCACGGUGUCAAUCA